AUGGAUGAUGCUGCUGCUAUGAGAGGUGUGAAAGAGGAAGUGAAGGAGUAUGAGCAGAAGCAGAAGAAGGCUGGUAAGAAGUUGCAGGCAGCAGAACCUCGAUGGGGUUGGGCUGGUCCUAAACACCCUCGUGAUCCCAAGGCUGAUAAGAUUGAUCUACUGGGUUGA